AUGUUAUUCAUUAUCCAAUUUACUCUUCUUUUUGUCCUUGUAAAAUCGUUUUACAUUGGAGAACCACAAAACAAUUUUAAUGAGAAUGGAGGUCCUCAAAAACCUUCGCCUAUUGUUGGUGGAGCUAAUGUAGUACCGAUACCGUUGUCCGAUUCAGAACGCAAUUGUUUGGAAAAGAAAGAUUUGCCGACCUUCACUGUCAACUGUGUGCCUGACACACUUCCGGCAAAAUGUUCGGAACAGGACUAUAAUAAUUUGAAGACAAAGAUGCAAUCUUGUUCACUAUUUUGA